AGUCGUCCUACCAGUUAUUGUGCUUUCAAUAUCACAAUUACAGGUAGAUUCUUGUUCAUAGAGGUACGCCUGUAAAUUCAUAUUACUCCAGCUUGGAUUUCUGCUGUGAAUCAGUAAAUAUCGGACACACCUACCUUUUGAGCAGCUGAUCUCCAUUCAGAAACACCUCUCCCCUGUCAUUGCCAGAUCUGCUAUGGCUUAUUAUGUGGAGGACCAGUUAUUACCUAAGCUCACAGUCAAGGUUGUGAGAGCUGAGAAUGUCACCAAAGGACUGGGUGAUUAUUUGGACACCCCAGAUCCUUAUGUAGAGCUGUGUGUACCAGCUGUCUGUACAAGCAAAAAACGGACAAGGCAUAUAGACAACAACGUGAAUCCAGAAUGGAAUGAAACUUUUGAAUUCAUAUUGGACCCUAGUCAGGAGAAUGUUCUAGAGGUCACGCUAAUGGAUGCCAACUACAUUAUGGAUCAAACACUGGGAACUGCAUCUUUUACUAUCUCGAAUAUUAAAGUGGGACAAACACAACUGAUUACCCUCCCCACUGGUGAAGCUACCAAGGUGUAUUUAGAGAUGUCCCUGGAGGUUUGUUCCAUGAAGGAUCUUCGCCUGAGCUUGGGUCUCUGUGACAAGGAGAAGCUCUUCCGGAAGACUCGUCAGCAGAAGGUCAUGCUGGGAAUCCAGAAGCUUUUGAACACAGAGAAGAGCUGCUUCCUCUCCACCAACCCACAGGAAGUGUGCCUCGAAAGAAUGAAGAAGAGAAGCAAUUUGGUGAUUUCAAGAUAUUUGAUGACCCACAAAACACCUAUUCCACGUUGAGGAGCUUCUGCUACUCCAAUGAAGCCUUUGCUCGACUGCAUGACCUCAUGGAGUUCAAUACUCUGAACAACAUUGAGGUCUGUUGAGUUCCAUCUUCUCCCCGUACCUGUAAACAUCUUCCCAGACUUAGUUUUACCUGUUAACUAAAACUCCUAAGAAUGCUAAGGAUAUGUAUUUCUUAUGAGCUGCAACACAGCCAUUCCUUGUGAGGUUGGCGUUACUCUUUUUGACCAGUGAGAGCAGAGAAUUUGCUUCCUCAAUCAUAUGCCUCAGUGUCCCUUUUUGCUUUUCCAGGUGAUCAAAGAUGCUAUCAAGGGCUGUGUUCUGAACAGGAGAGAGAACCCAUCAUGUUUCACCCUUGAUUAAGUUGGAAAACAGGCAGUUUCUAGGAUUGAACCUUGUGGAAAAGCCCAGCCCACUCAGACACAUGGUUGAGUUACUCAUGUAAAUGGUAUAUUAUUAAUUGAAUCUGCUUUGCUUAUAAGUUUUAUGAGGAUGCACGCUGGAUGUACUGUAUUCUGGUCAGAGAGUUUUAGUGUAAAGAUCUACCAGGUACCUUAGAUCAAGUCACAGAAGGAGGUUUGGAAAGAAAGUAAAAGAGAAGGUACAGUAACACUUUACAUUAAGGUCUGCUUUUUAACAUUUAAGUAACUAAUAAUAUCCUAACAGGGGCAACAUGGUGGUGCAGUGGUUACCACUGUUGCCUCACACCUCUGGGACCCAGGUUCGAGUCUCCGCCUGGGUUACAUGUGUGUGGAGUUUGCAUGUUCUCCCC